AUGUGUGGUCGUCCUGAAGGAGCAACAUUGACUACGAUUGGGCUCAAAAAAAGAAAGAAAGGGUGUCCAAUUGCAUUUCGUAUGCUACAUGACACUAAAAAGCAGGAAAUUAUGCUUAAAUGGCUCAUAAAUGAUACCGAAGUAGUUAAGAAAGCAUUGCAUCAUAGUUUUUUAAUAAAUGAGAGCGAGAUCCUAGAGUUAGAUAGAAUUCAAACUUCUAUCUUAGAAGAAGAUGUUGAAUUACGUUUAAUUCAACCAUUUUUUUCAAACAAAGGAUGGAAGUUUUUGGAAAAAGCUGUCAAAAUGAAAAGAAAAAGGGAAAUAUGGAUAUGUCCCAAGUGCAACCUAGACAUUGGUUCCAAAAACUCCAUUUUAUGUGAUAGUUGUCUACUUUGGUAUCACACAAAAUGUGAGAUAAAACUUAAAUCUAGGGACAAAAAUUGUAAUUGGUUUUGCUCGAUGUGUUCAACUAAAUAA